CCCCUGUCCUUCGGUCAGCCUCCGCUCCAGGCAGAGCCAGCUGGGCUGAAGGUCUGCAGCGGGGUCAGGCUGCGCCAGCUGGACCCGCCCUGAGCUCCAUGGUUCGCCCAGCCCCGCGCGAUGGUGACUCUGGGCGCGGAGGGUGGCUAUGGGAGAGCCCGCAGAUCGCAGCAGCGUGAAGGUGGGGAGCGCGGCGGGCAGGCGGCGGGCGGGGACUGUCUCCCCGACCUCAGCACCCAGAGAAGCGGCUCAACCACCUGAACCCCCGGAAAACGCCAACAAGUAGUUUCUCCUUUGAGGAGGGCGGCUCAGCUGGCCGCAAGGACUCUGUCCAGCUGCAGAGAGAUCCUCGUCCACUCCGAGACCCAAGCAGAUCCACUUUUCUCCGGGUCUCCUUAAGUCAUGUCUGAGCCACAGAGAUGGGCAAGAUCGAGAACAACGAGAGGGUGAUCCUCAAUGUCGGGGGUACCCGGCACGAAACCUACCGCAGCACUCUCAAGACCCUUCCUGGAACUCGCCUGGCCCUUCUCGCCUCCUCUGAACCCCAGGGCGACUGCCUGACAGCGGCGGGAGACAAGCUGCAGCCGCUGCCCCCUCCCCUCUCUCCACCGCCACGACCGCCUCCCUUGUCCCCCGUCCCCAGCGGCUGCUUCGAGGGCGGCGCAGGCAACUGCAGUUCUCACGGUGGCAAUGGCAGCGACCACCCUGGGGGAGGCCGCGAAUUCUUCUUUGAUCGCCACCCUGGGGUCUUUGCCUAUGUGCUCAACUACUACCGCACCGGCAAGCUGCACUGCCCCGCCGACGUGUGUGGGCCGCUCUUUGAGGAAGAGCUGGCCUUCUGGGGUAUCGACGAGACGGACGUGGAGCCCUGUUGCUGGAUGACCUACAGGCAGCAUCGCGACGCGGAGGAGGCGCUGGACAUCUUCGAGACACCCGACCUCAUCGGGGGCGACCCUGGUGAUGAUGAAGACCUAGCGGCUAAAAGACUGGGCAUUGAGGAUGCUUCAGGGCUGGGAGGACCUGAUGGCAAGUCUGGCCGCUGGAGGAGGCUGCAGCCCCGCAUGUGGGCCCUCUUUGAGGACCCCUACUCAUCCAGAGCCGCCAGGUUUAUUGCUUUUGCUUCUUUAUUCUUCAUCUUGGUCUCCAUCACAACCUUUUGCCUGGAGACACACGAAGCUUUCAAUAUUGUUAAAAACAAGACCGAGCCAGUCAUCAACGGCACAGGCGCUGUUCUCCAGUACGAAAUUGAAACGGAUCCUGCGUUGACGUACGUAGAAGGAGUGUGUGUGGUGUGGUUUACUUUUGAAUUUUUAGUCCGUAUUGUUUUUUCACCCAAUAAACUUGAAUUCAUCAAAAACCUCUUGAACAUCAUUGACUUUGUGGCCAUCCUCCCCUUCUACUUAGAGGUGGGACUCAGCGGGCUGUCUUCCAAAGCAGCCAAGGAUGUGCUCGGCUUUCUCAGGGUGGUUAGGUUUGUGAGGAUCCUGAGAAUCUUUAAGCUCACUCGCCAUUUUGUAGGUCUGAGGGUGCUCGGACACACUCUUCGCGCGAGUACCAAUGAGUUUUUGCUCCUGAUCAUUUUCCUGGCUCUGGGAGUUUUGAUAUUUGCUACGAUGAUCUACUACGCCGAGCGGGUCGGAGCUCAGCCAAACGACCCUUCCGCCAGCGAGCACACACAGUUCAAAAACAUCCCCAUUGGUUUCUGGUGGGCUGUGGUGACCAUGACUACCUUAGGGUACGGGGAUAUGUACCCCCAAACAUGGUCAGGCAUGCUGGUGGGGGCCUUGUGUGCUCUGGCCGGAGUGCUGACAAUAGCUAUGCCUGUGCCUGUCAUUGUCAACAAUUUCGGGAUGUACUACUCCUUGGCAAUGGCGAAGCAGAAACUUCCGAGGAAAAGGAAGAAGCACAUCCCUCCCACCCCUCUGGCAAGCUCACCUACAUUCUGCAAGACAGAAUUAAAUAUGGCUUGCAACAGUACCCAGAGUGACACAUGUCUGGGCAAAGAAAACCGGCUACUGGAACAUAACAGAUCAGUGUUAUCAGGUGACGACAGUACAGGAAGUGAGCCGCCAUUAUCACCUCCAGAAAGGCUCCCCAUCAGACGCUCUAGUACCAGAGACAAAAACAGAAGAGGAGAAACGUGUUUCCUGUUGACGACAGGUGAUUACACGUGUGCUUCUGAUGGAGGCGUCAGGAAAGGAUAUGAAAAAUCCCGAAGCUUAAACAACAUAGCGGGCUUGGCAGGCAAUGCUCUGAGACUCUCUCCAGUCACGUCCCCCUACAACUCUCCGUGUCCGCUGAGGCGUUCUCGAUCUCCCAUCCCAUCUAUCUUGUAAAAUCAAACUGCAUCAAUCGGCUAAAUUCUAUCAACACAAGUACUGUUUGCCCUGUAAUGGAAACAAUUAAAUAUAGAAUUUCUCCAGGCUCCAUUAAUAGCAGAUAGGUCCUGCAUGACAUUACUAUUUGAAGUCAGAAAUGCUACUUGAGAGCUAGAACUUCUUAUCCUGGCUUUAAAGAUGAUCUAAAGUAGAGCUACUACUUAAUAUGAAUUGCCCCAAUUUCCUUUUGCAAUACAAUGACCAGUAGCAUCAGAUAUUGGCCAGUACACUAAAGCAUAACCAUAUUUUCAGGGAGAUAUACUUAAAUAGUGUGUUCAUAACUGCCAACCACUUCACUGGACCUUCAUUUCUCGUGACUCCAAACCAUUCGGAAGAUAUCUGGGAUCGUAUCUAGAUGGCAAACGACUUGACUCUGGUCAGCUCCUUUGCAUGGACCAUCUUGUCUGUGUCACCGGAAUAAAAUGUUGUAGAGUCCUGGGUCUGGAUGGCUCAGGAUUCUUGUUCUCACUUCAAACCAUCCUGCCAAUAUGAAAGCACUGGUCGCCUGUUCUGCAUGUCGAAUUGUGGGGCAGGGAGGGGCAUCUUU